AUGGUGGAGGCACAGUCAUGGACUACCAGAAGGGGAAGCAACCCAAGACUUGAAGCUAACAAUGACCAAGUUCUUGAUAUUCCAGUAACCCCAACUGCAGAAAUCAGGCAGCAACAAUAUGCUUUGAUCUCGCCAAGUAUUCUUACAGCGGCUAUUAUUGCAUCCUGGUAUUUCUCGAACAUUGGAGUGCUAUUGCUCAAUAAAUACUUGUUAAGCUUUUAUGGGUACAGGUACCCAAUUUUCUUGACUAUGUUACACAUGUUGUCUUGUGCUACCUAUAGCUUAUUGGCCAUAAAAUGGCUUGAAAUUGUGCCGUUCCAGCAAAUACAUAGCCGUAAGCAGUUUUUCAAGAUUCUUGCUUUAAGUGUGAUUUUCUGUUUCUCUGUUGUAUGUGGGAAUACUUCAUUAAGGUACCUUCCGGUGUCGUUUAAUCAAGCUAUUGGUGCUACUACUCCAUUUUUUACAGCGAUUUUUGCUUUUGUUAUAACUUGUAAGAAAGAGUCUGCAGAGGUUUAUUUGGCACUGGUUCCUGUAGUUCUAGGCAUUGUUUUGGCUAGUAAUAGUGAACCCUUGUUCCAUCUUUUUGGGUUUUUGAUGUGCAUUGGCUCGACUGCCGGCCGGGCUUUGAAAUCUGUGGUUCAGGGGUUGUUAUUAACUUCAGAAGCCGAAAAAUUGCACUCUAUGAAUCUAUUGCUGUACAUGGCUCCAUUGGCAGCAUUGGUGUUGCUGCCGUUUACUCUGUAUAUUGAAGGAAAUGUUCUGGCUGUCACAAUUGAAAAGGGGAGGGAAGAUGGGUUUAUGGUGUUUUUAUUGAUUGCAAAUGCCACGGUUGCUUAUUUGGUUAAUUUGACUAAUUUUUUGGUCACGAAGCACACGAGCGCCUUGACACUGCAAGUUUUAGGGAAUGCCAAAGCUGCAGUAGCGGCAGUAGUGUCGGUCUUGAUAUUCAGGAAUCCUGUGACGGUGAUGGGAAUGACGGGUUUUGCUGUAACAAUAAUGGGAGUGGUGCUUUACAGUGAAGCUAGAAAGAGGGCUAAAGGUACAACUCAUUGA